AUGUUGAAGAGGUCAAAAAAUAAGACGAUCAAAGUCAAAGUGACAACAGCCGAGUCACAAUUGGAAUUUGAGAUGCAAAAGGGCGCUUUGGGUCAGGAUCUCUUUGAUCAAGUGGUCCGUACUAUUGGCCUUCGUGAGGUCUGGUACUUUGGCAUUCAGUAUAUCGACAAAGACGGUACUCCGACUUUUCUGAGGUUGGAUAAGAAGAUUUUGAGUAAUGACUUUGCUCCUGGCUCCGAAUGUGACUUCAAAUUUAUGGUCAAAUUCUAUCCUGAGAAUGUUGAAGAGGAACUCAUUCAGACCUGCACAAUAACUCAUUUCUACCUUCAGGUUAAAAGCGACAUAAUGUCCGGGAAAAUCUAUUGUCCAACGGACACCGCUGUCUUACUGGCAUCCUACGCUUGUGUUGCCAAGUAUGGUCCGUAUGACCCUCAUUCGUGCCCCAAGACUUUGCCAAUCGAUCGACUGAUUCCCGGAAAAGACCAGUACGAACAAACCGACGAACAAUGGUUCGAUCGGAUUAUAACCUACUAUAAGGACCACCAUGACAUGUCUCGUGAUGAUGCAAUGGUUCAGUAUCUACAAAUCGCACAGGACCUGGAGAUGUAUGGUGUGGAGACCUUCAACAUUAAAAAUAAGAAGGGAACGUCGCUUGUUCUUGGCGUUGAUGCUCUGGGUUUGAGUAUCUAUGAGCCGGAUAAUCUGCUGGAUCCCAAAAUCGGAUUCCCUUGGUCGGAAAUUCGGAACCUCUCUUUUCACGACAAGAAAUUUAUAAUCAAACCAGCAGACAAGACUGCGAAGGAAUUCUACUUUUUAGUGGAGAAAUCCAAAAUUAAUAAGCGCAUUUUGGCGUUGUGCACCGGCAAUCAUGAGCUAUAUAUGCGUAGGAGGAAGUCCGACUCUAUCGAAGUGCAACAGAUGAAGAUACAAGCGAAAGAGGAGCGUGAAUUGAAGGAGGCUGAGAAGCAACGUCUGAAAGAAGAAAGAUUGCAACGGAUGGAAAAUGAGCAGAAGUUGCAGGAACUUCGGACUCAAAUGCUGCAGAAGGAGUCUGAUUUAGCGGAUAUGAAGCUCAAAGCAUCUGCCUACGAGAGUAAGAUUGCGGAGCUGGAGUCGCUGCUAGAUCAGGAGCGCCAUGCCCGUGAGAGUCUUCAGAGGAGUCAGGAUAAAUUGGCGGAGAUGAACAGAAAAUUGAAGGAGGAGACUGAGGCAUCAGCCGAAGAGCGCAAUCGUCUCAUCGCCGAGCGUGACAAGGUGCAGCGUGAAGUUGAGGCUCAGAAGGUCGCUAUGGCCACAAAGGAGGCUGAGAAAGCCCAGGCUGAAGCUGAGCUUCGCAGAAUGCGUGAGAGACACGACGCAAAGCGCAAGUCGGACGUCAAUGGCAGUGGGGACACUGCCUCACAGGAUGAUGAAAGUGAAGCCAAGGAACUUGAGGUGAUACCAAAUGCGAAGCGGACAGAGGAAUCGCGUGUGACGGUGGUUUCCAAGAAUGAGUCGCUCCAGACGAAGUUGGCCAACCUCAAAUUGGAAUUGAACUCGACACGCGAUCAGUCGAAGAUGCGCGACAUCGACCGUCGCCAUGAGUAUAACGUGCGGGAGGGCAAUGACAAGUACAAGACGCUGCGCAAUAUUCGCAAGGGAAACACUAUGUGCCGCGUUGAACAGUUUGAAUCGAUGUAG